AUGGAUAUGAAUGAUUUCACUAUAAACAGGGUCAUUGGAUUCGGAACAUUUACAAUCACUUAUGAAGUGGUCUGCAAUCGAAGCGAACAAAAGGACACAAAGUAUGCCUUGAAGAGGUAUUUCCUCAGUGGAGCUGAAGUCGUUCGUAGAGCGCUGAGAGAAAGGAACGCUUUAGCCCCCCAAUCAUCUCCGUUCAUUCAAACCCUGUUCUGGGCUGUCGGCAGUUGGAAGACUCCAAGUAUUGUAACCACCAUAGGCAGCAAAUUUAAUCUCAACGAUUUGAGGAGGGCCAAAGGUCUGCUAAAAGAUGAUAUUGCUCGUUUCUACAUUGCAGAGAUAAUGUGUGGCCUGGAGUAUAUCCACCAAAUGGGCGUUGUUCACAGAGAUGUCAAGCCUGAGAACAUUUUACUCUCGGAAGGGGGUCAUGUUAUCAUUAUUGACUUCGACAUGGCUUAUGAGCUUCAACCAGAUCCACUUCAAAAAAUUCCGUCAGUAAUAGGUGCUGGAACCAUUGAGUUCAUGGCACCGGAAAUAGCAAAUAGCGCUGUGGUUACAACAAAGGCUGAUGUUUGGAGUUUGGGUUGCCUCAGUGCUUAUCAAGUAUCUAGAAGGUUUCGGCCAAUGAUAUGUGACAAAAUUAAAGCCGCAAUGGAGGGUGUUGUCGAAAUAUCAGAUUUUGAUUCGUUAUCCACUGAAAUUAAGGACUUCCUUAAUGCUUGUCUCAAGGUGAAUCAUACUGAGAGACCGGAAGUAGGCUGCUUAAAGUCCAUGGCAUUUUUUAACUCAAUAGACUGGACGCAAGCUGCUGCCGUUUUUGUUUCAGAUAAUGCCUCGAAUAGGCCCUGUUUCUAUCCAUCGAACAGUUAUGAUCGCACUUGUGUUUUCUAUAUCAGUUUUUGA